AUGACGCCUCUAGCGCCUCUCCCGUUCAGCGGUCCGAUCCGCCCCGUAAAGGCGCUUACAGCACGAACCUUCGGCAUGCCCCUGCCUUCGCGCAUGUCUAUCCUCAACGGCCAACUUCCAACGCCGCCCCCUGGGACCAGGGGGGUCCUGCAGACUGAGCAGACUGGGCAGACUGGGCGGAUAUUCCAGUUGGCCAGCUUCGGGGCCACGCACCGCAGCAGAACCGUCCCCUCGGGUCGCCUCGAGUCAUCAAGUGGCUUCGCCGUAGGCCGCCGACAUGCCCUAGACUGCCUCGAUGAAACGUGA